AUGGUUAAGAAGAGAGUUCGCGAUCCGGAAGAACUUCCUGAUGCGCCUGUUCACAGCGCAGGAGAGGACAAUGAGAAUGAUAGUGGAAGUGAUGGCGAAGAUAUCCUGAACGUCGAUUUCGAAUGGUUUAAUUUCCGGGAGAUAGAUUUCCACGGGGUCAAGAGUCUGAUUCGACAAUUGUUCGAUGUGGAUAGUCAGUUGUUGGAUCUGAGCGGAUUGGCGGAUGAGGUGGUCGCGCAGGAUACGAUUGGUAGUACGGUGAAGGUGGAUGGGGAGGGCACGGAUGCGUAUGCGUUUAUGACGGUUUUGAAUGUGCAGAGGGGGAAUCGGGAGGGGGGGGUGUUGAGUGAGGCGGUGAGGGGCUUGAAGGGGUAUUUGGAGAGUCAGGUGAAGGAGGGGGGGAAGAUUCAACAGGUGUUGAAGGGAAGUGAGGAUGUGGGUGUGGUGUUGGCGGAGAGGUUGAUUAAUGUGCCGUCGGAGGUGGCGCCGCCGAUGUAUGGCAUGCUGGUGGAUGAGAUCGAGGCGGCGGUGGAGGAUAAGGAACCGUAUGCUUUUGAGUAUUAUUUGGUGGUGUCGAGGGGGUAUCGAGAGGUGGAAUCGAGGUUGGAUCGGGAGGAGCAGGGUCCGAAGAGUAAGAAGAGUAAGGGGAAGGGAAAGGCGAGUGCGGAGGUGUUUUAUUUUCAUCCAGAGGAUGAGGUGUUGAAGAGAUUUAGCUGUGCGUAUGAGGAAUUUGAGUAUAAGAAGGAUGAGGGGGAGGGCAUGGCGGAUAGUAAGAGGGCGUUCCAGGAAAUGGGGAUUAGAGCGGUGGGAGAAUUGAUCUUGAUUGAGAAGGCGAAGUGGGAAGAAUGUGUUAAAGCUUUGGGGGAAUAUUUGGGUGCGCCUAAUUAA